AGUCUCAUUCUCUCACUGUUGAACGAAAACCCGGACCCCCUCUCUCUCAGUCUCCUCGACCGUGGACGGCACUCAGUGACUCUUCUCUCGGUCUCUCCUCCAAUCCCAAGUCCAUCACUCUCUCUCUCUCAAAAUCUCUGCUCGACCUUCGCCGGCACCGGCCAGUGAAUCAGUGAUUCAGUGUCCUCCUCUCUCCUCCAUUUAUGUGCAGGAUCCUCGCGUUUUGUUAAUGAGUUAUCAAGUAAAAUGGCAUCGAGUUAUGUUUUGAACUUGGUGAAUUCUACGUUGGAUUGGGUGACAGCGACUUUAGAUGCUCCCUCCUCCAGAGCUGUUGUUUUUGGAGUGCCGAUUGGCGGACAUCUUUUUGUAGAAGUACUUCUUUUUGCAGUCAUUGUUUUUCUAUUCUCCCAGAAAAGUUACAAGCCCCCUAAGAAGCCUUUAACAGAGAAGGAAAUAGAUGAUCUAUGUGAGGAAUGGGUUCCUGAACCUCUCAUUCCUCCUAUCACAGAAGAUAUGCAGUAUGAACCCCCAGUGUUGGAAAGUGCUGCAGGGCCACAUACAAUAGUCAAUGGCAAAGAAGUAGUGAACUUUGCUUCAGCAAAUUAUCUUGGAUUGAUAGGACAUGAGAAGUUGCUUGAGUCAUGUACAUCUGCAUUGGAGAAAUAUGGUGUUGGUUCAUGUGGUCCUCGUGGGUUCUAUGGAACAAUUGAUGUCCACCUUGAUUGUGAGGCAAGAAUAGCAAAGUUUUUGGGAACUCCUGACUCAAUUCUCUAUUCUUAUGGUCUCUCCACCAUGUUCAGUGCAAUUCCAGCAUUUUGCAAAAAAGGAGAUAUCAUUGUUGUGGAUGAAGGAGUCCAUUGGGGAAUACAAAAUGGUCUUCAUCUUUCUAGAAGCACAAUUGUGUAUUUCAAGCAUAAUGACAUGGAAUCAUUAAGGAAUACUCUGGAGGAAAUCACUCUGAAGAAUAAGCGGGCUAAGAAACUCCGGCGCUAUAUUGUGGUUGAAGCUGUGUACCAGAAUUCUGGCCAAAUAGCCCCCUUGGGCGAAAUUGUUAAAUUGAAGGAGAAAUAUAGGUUUCGUGUUUUAUUAGAUGAGAGCAACUCAUUUGGUGUCCUUGGAAAAGCUGGACGAGGUCUCACAGAAUUUUGCGGGGUUCUGGUUGAAAAGAUAGAUAUAAUUACUGCUGCAAUGGGACACGCCUUAGCCGCAGAAGGAGGAUUCUGCACUGGAAGUGCUAGAGUUACUGAUCACCAGCGAUUGAGCAGUUCUGGGUACGUCUUUUCUGCUUCUUUGCCCCCAUAUCUUGCGAGUGCUGCCAUUACUGCCAUUGAUGUUCUUGAGGAGAACCCUGAUCUGAUAACGAAGUUGAAGAAAAACAUUACGUUACUAUGGAAAGGAUUGUCAGGUGUAAUGGGCCUCUCAUUAGCAAGCAAUCCAGAAUCACCUAUUGUGUUUCUCAAACUACAGAAGUCAACAAGUUCUGUGAAGGGUGACCUGCAACUCCUCAACGAAAUUGCUGACCAUUUGUUAAAGGAUCAUUCAAUUCUUGCGGUGGCGUCCAAAAGGUCAACACUUGAUAAAUGUCGUUUGCCUGUGGGAAUUAGACUGUUUGUUUCUGCUGCCCAUUCCGAAUCAGAUCUACUGAAGGCAUCAGAGUCACUGAAAACGGUUGCUGAAUCAGUGCUGAAGAAUCAUAUAUGACUGGAAAAUGCCUGAUCUUUCUUGCUGACUGAAGCACAUCCUGUCUUUAUGAAACCCUUCGAUGGUUGGAGCAAUUUUGAAAUGCAGGCUAACGGUGAAAGGCCUCUGGUUGAUGCGAUAGAGAUGAUUAUUUUACAAUUACGUUCUUUUCAUCACCGAUUAACAUGCGAUCGCAAUUUUUUUUGGCCGCUGUAUACAUGUGAUCGAGAUUAACGUCAAAUUUAGUCUUAGAACACAAGUACAUCCUCGGAUUGUUCAUAACGCUGUCAAAGUCUUCACGUUACAAACUGUACAUUGGUUCUUAAAUCUUGAGUCCUUGAGACUUUAUUGAAGAUGUCAAGGAAAUGUACUGUUUUAUCAUUUGGAAAU